CUCUACCCCUCUGAAUUUACACCACAAAAACAUAAACCCACUUCCAUGGCGGUCGGACUCUUCGCCCCCACAACCCCCACCGCCCUCCGCCUCAUCCAAUCCUCCUACCUCCUCCCCAAACCCAAACCCACCGUCUUCUUCCCUCCCUCCAAUCUCUGCCACCAUAAAACAACACUCUUACAUAAGACUCGGAGAAAACUGUGUCUCACUGUUUACGUUGUCAUGGAGGAACACAAACGAAGUGCUACUCCUCACGUCGACAGUUCGGAAAAUAUACCACAAGAGAACGCCAGCUCCGAGAUCCCUAUUGUGAUUCCGUCCUUACGUGGUGCCGAACGAUUGGCGAGGAAGAAAUCCGAGAGGUUCACUUAUCUUGUCGCUGCUGUUAUGUCUAGCUUUGGUAUCACUUCCAUGGCUGCCAUGGCUGUUUAUUACAGAUUUUACUGGCAAAUGGAGGGUGAGAAUGUGCCUGUGUCUGAAAUGUUUGGUACCUUUGCUCUCUCAGUUGGUGCUGCUGUGGGGAUGGAAUUUUGGGCAAGAUGGGCGCACAAAGCUCUGUGGCACGCUUCACUAUGGCAUAUGCAUGAGUCCCACCACAAGCCCAGAGAAGGGCCAUUCGAGCUCAACGAUGUGUUUGCUAUAAUCAACGCGGUUCCAGCUAUAGGUUUGCUCAACUAUGGCUUCUUCCACAAAGGCUAUGUUCCGGGCCUUUGUUUUGGUGCUGGUCUUGGAAUUACAGUGUUUGGAAUGGCGUACAUGUUCGUCCACGAUGGUCUAGUUCAUAAAAGAUUCCCGGUAGGUCCCAUCGCCAACGUGCUCUAUUUCAGAAAGGUUGCUGCAGCCCAUCAGCUACACCACUCGGAGAAAUUCAAGGGUGUUCCAUAUGGUCUGUUUCUUGGUCCUCAGGAGGUUGAAGGAGUGGGAGGAAAGGAAGAGCUGCAGAAGGAGAUUGAUAGGAGAAUCAAAGCAUACAAGAACUCGUAACUUAAAUUUGAAGAUUGUAGUAGAGUACGGGGUUAGAGAUAAUUGAAUCAAAUGGGUUUUGUGAGCUGGUUUUUCAUAUCUGAACGAGUGCUAAAAUGGUGUGCUAGGCAGAUGAGGCUAGAGUCCUUUGAAUGAAGGGAGAUAGGUAUGUAUAUUAGUAUUCUACUGUAUGGGGAUUUGUAUUUUGUCCCACUUAUACACUGCUUGGGUGCUAGCAACCUUUUGUCAUUGUACAAAUGUUAACACAUGAGAGUAAUGAGAAAAGGACUGAGGAGGUGCAAU